UUAUAAUGUUGAGAUUUAUCGACUUAGUACUCUGUCUUCUCGUAUUAAUAAGUCUCGCUCAUGAAGAACUAAUUGAAGGAAAUACGAUUCAAAAUGUGGUGAACAAAUCAAUAAUCAAAACCAUUAAGGUUGAAACUGAUGAAGUCAUCGAUUGCUAUGAUAUUUAUAGACAACCGAGUCUUAAUCAUCCUUUGCUUUAUAAUCACACAAUACAGAUGGCACCAAGUUCGUACCCGAAAGGAAUGAAACUGGAUAAUUUUGGGACAUUUCAACUUAAACAAACUUGGCAUAAGUAUGGAUUAUGUCCAGAAGGAACUAUUCCUAUUCGAAGGAAAGCAAAAAACUACGAUCCCAUACUUUUGCAUAAACAUAGCCCUUUAAAAUUAUCACCUUAUAAGACUAAUGUUACAUCAUCGGACGACGUUAAUAGCGUCCAUUCUCAUGAGUACGCAACCAUUGAGGUGGAGGGAUAUUUUCUAGGAGCACAAGCAAAAAUCAAUCUUUGGAAACCGGUUACCGAAAUAUACGGUGAAAUGAGUAUAUCCCAAGUUUGGGUUACAGCCGGUCCCGACGAUAAUGUCAACACUAUUGAAGCUGGAUGGCAAGUGUUUAGGAGACUACAUGGUGAUGAUUAUACCAGGUUUUUCAUAUACUGGACGAAUGACGGAUACAGGAGCUCGGGUUGUUACGACCUCAUGUGUGAUGGUUUUGUGCACAUAUCGUCAACUAUCGCCCUUGGAUGCAAUUUCACUGAGGUUUCCACCUUCAACGGUAGCCAAAAAGAUGCCACCUUUAGUAUCCACAAGGACCAAAGUAGUGGACACUGGUGGGUACAACUACAAGGUAUUUUGGUGGGAUAUUACCCAAGUUUUCUCUUCAAAGAAUUAUCAAAAUGGGCAACACAAGUAAGUUGGGGUGGAGAAAUCACUAAUUGGAAAAGUAAAGGACGGCAUACAUCGACUCAAAUGGGUAGCGGUCAUUUCCCUUCGGAAGGUGGUUUGAAAACAUCGAGUUAUUUUAAUUGGGUUCAAGUAGUUAAUAAAAAUUAUACGGCCGAGGACCCUGAAAAUGUUGUGAUACAUGUUACGAAUCCAGACUGCUAUGAUUUGAAGAUUGAUGAUGACCAUUAUGAUACAAAUGGAUACGGUUUUUACUAUGGAGGGCCAGGUUAUAAUGAUAAAUGUCAGUAAUUGAAUAUACAUCAUCUAAAAGUGUAUUUAUUUAUUGAAAAUUUCAGCAUCAGGGUUGAUGAGACAAUUGGUCCACCACUAUUAUUUACAAACUCUUGCCUUUAUUUAUAAUUAAGUUUUCUUGAUCAAUAUUAUUAUAGGAGCUCAUGGA